GUCAUUUUAUUGAUGCUGGGAGGGGUGAACAGGGUGAGGCUCCGUGCAGGUAUAAGGAAGUGUUUCCACUGACAGACUAAAAACUUUUCUUCUUUAGCUUAGAAACACACCAGCUACUCUCUCCAACACCCAAAUAUGGCUGUCAGUAAAGAACCAACCAUGUACAACAAUGAAAAGAUCCGGAUCGUGAUGGUGGGGAAGACCGGAGCUGGGAAGAGUGCAGCAGGAAACACCAUCCUGGGACACGAGUGCUUUGAAUCUGUUUUCUCCCCUGAAUCAGUGACCGCAGACUGUGCUAAGGCUUAUGGUGAGCUGGAUAGACAGAAGGUUUCUGUCAUCGACACUCCAGGUCUGUUUGACACCAAUACAGAUGAAGAGACGACACGUAAAAAUAUCUCCCAGUGUAUGGCUUAUGCUUCUCCUGGACCCAUAUCUUUCUGA